AUGUUGGAUGAAGGGGUAAAUUUUCCUUGCUUAAUUGAGAAAGGGAAACCUUUGCUUGAUGAUGAUGAUGAGCUAGAGGUGAAUACCAAUCUUUCAUGUGUUUUGACGAGAAUUAUGGGAGAUUUUGCGAAGGAAGAACUUGAUCAAAGAGAGAAUCUAUUUCAUGCUGGGAGCAAAAUCCAAGAUAAGCUACAAUGGCUCAAUGAGAGUCGUAAAAUUAAGUCCCUCAGACAAGCAAGCAUUUGGUAUAGUGUGGGAAAGUACAAUGAUGAAUUGGUUUCUGAUGUUGUACCCAUGUUGGCUUGUCACAUAUUAUUGGGAAGACCAUGGCAAUUUGAUAGAGAUGUUGUACAUCAAGAGAGAUCCAACAAAUACACUUUUGUGAUUGAAGGUAAAAAGUAUAUGCUUUCUUCUCUCACUCCAUAUCAAGUGAGUGAGGACUAUUGGGCUAUAAAGGAGCUUCGGGAGAUGAUAAGGGUGGAGGAAGAAAAAGGUGAUGGCAAAAGUUCCACUAUUAUUGCAAAGGAGGGAAGUUGCUUGGAUAAAAAUAAGAAGAAAAUAGAUAUGAUGAUCUAUUUCAAGAAGAGAUGCCUACAGGAUUACCCCCCUUUGAGGGGGACUGAGCACCAAAUAGAUUUUGUAUCGGGGUCACAAAUUCCCAACCGCCCAGCCUAUAGGAUUAAUCUGGAAGAAACCAAAGAGCUACAAAGGCAAGUGGAAGAGAUUCUUGAAAAGGAGUUGAUCAAAGAAAGCCUAAGUUCUUGUGCCAUACUAGUAAUUCUUGUUGCCAAAAAGAAUGUUACUUGGAGGAUGUGUACUGAUUGUAAAGCCAUAAACAAGAUCACAGCGAAGUAUCAACAUCUAAUUACUAGGCUCGAUGACAUGCUUGAUGAGCUAUGUGGCUCAAUUGUGUUCUCCAAGAUUGAUCUUCGAAGUGGUUCAAAUAGAAUAGAGGUUGAUGAAGAGAAGGAAGAGUCCAUCAAGACCUGGCCAAUCCCAACCAAUGCAACUGAGGAAACUUUUGAUAAUCUUAGUCAAGGGAAAAAGGUUGAUAGGUUUCAAUUGGUUGAUCUCUUCUUUUUCAAGGACGGGCGAGUUUGUGUGCCAUAA